AUGGGAAGAUCCCCAUGUUGUGAUGAGAAUGGCCUCAAGAAAGGACCUUGGACUACUGAAGAAGAUCAAAAGCUUGUUGAACACAUUCAACAACAUGGCCAUGGCAGUUGGAGAGCACUCCCUAAGCUAGCAGGUCUUAAUAGAUGUGGAAAGAGUUGUAGACUAAGGUGGACAAAUUAUUUAAGGCCUGAUAUUAAGAGAGGAAAAUUUUCUCAAGAAGAAGAACAAACAAUUCUUCAUCUUCAUUCAAUCCUUGGAAACAAAUGGUCUGCAAUUGCCACGCAUCUACCAGGAAGAACAGAUAACGAGAUAAAGAACUUCUGGAACACGCAUUUAAAGAAAAAGUUGAUUCAAAUGGGUUUUGAUCCAAUGACUCACCAACCAAGAACCGAUCUUGUUUCCACUUUGCCAUAUUUACUAGCUUUGGCAAACAUGACAGAUCUUAUGGAUCAUCAUCAGUCAUCAUCAUGGGAUGCAAUGAGUAGUUUACAAGCAGAUGCAGUUCAUGUUGCGAAACUCCAAUGCCUUCAUUAUUUACUCCAAUCUUCAAACAUUAAUAAUUCAUAUGACCAAAAUGCCAUCAGCAUCACAAACAUGGAACACCAACAACAACAAGAACUUUUAUCUAAUGUGAAACAAAACAUAAUAAUUGAUGCUGAUAGUACUCAUGCAGCCUCAUUUUCUCAACCACUCCCCCACCAAAGUAUGAUACCUCAACACUUUUUAGACCCACCACAAGUCUCUUUCAGUUCACAAUCAUGUUUGAAUAACGAACAGGGUCAAAAUGGUACUAUUACAAACUUUGCAACAGUUGAUGAAACAUCAUGGAUUAAUAAUGUUCCAUGUUCUGCUCCAAUAUCAAUUAUUCCUCCAGAUGCUAGCAGCAGCACUUCUAGCUAUGGAGGAGGAGGAGGAGGAGGACCAUCUGCAACAGCUUAUUGGUCGGAACUUUUUUUUGAGGACCCCAUUAUGCAUGAUUUAUCUUAG